GACGGAAUGACGUCGGGCCGGCGAGCGUACGUGAGCGGGGGCGGUGCGCUAGGGCAGGUCACGUGGUGGCAGAGCGGAGGAGCCGCAGAGUUCUACUUUGUAAAUACUGUUAUUUGUAUAUACUGUAAAUGAUGACCUCGGUGGCCACGAAUCGUGCCCGGGGUAACUCGGAACAGACACCCAAUCAGACGCAGCACAAGCAAAGACCACAGGCCACGGCAGAGCAGAUCCGAUUGGCACAGAUGAUCUCAGACCAUAACGAUGCAGAUUUCGAGGAGAAAGUAAAGCAGUUGAUUGACAUCACAGGCAAAAACCAAGACGAGUGUGUGAUUGCGCUGCAUGAUUGCAAUGGGGACAUCAACCGAGCCAUCAAUGUCUUGCUAGAGGGCAACUCAGACACGCACUCCUGGGAGAUGGUGGGCAAGAAGAAAGGGGUUUCUGGACAGAAGGAAGCGGGACAGACAGAACCCAGCGAGGAGGUCCGAGAGAACAGAGACAGGGAGCGAGAUUACAGCCGGAGGCGCGGGGGGGCUCCAAGGAGGGGUAGAGGGGGAAGCCGUGGGCGAGAGUUUCGGGCGCAGGAAAACGGUUUGGAGGGAGGAAAGAGCGGGGGAUCGUCGGGCCGAGGCACGGAAAGGGGGCGCCGCGGCCGUGGAAGAGGCAGAGGGGGUUCUGGAAGGAGAGGUGGCCGCUUCUCUGCACAGGGUAUGGGGACGUUUAACCCGGCAGACUAUGCGGAGCCAUCGAGCACAGAGGACAGUUAUGGAAACAGCAGCACGUGGAACAGCACAGCUAAUUUUGAACCGGAUGACGGGACAAGACAUGAUUACAUUGGGGGUGAGGGGUCAAAUUAUCCCCGAGAAUUUUCCACUGCUCCUGGUGCUUGGAGGACUGCUACGGAAGAGUGGGGCACGGAGGACUGGAAUGAAGAUCUCUCAGAAACCAAGAUUUUCACGGCUUCCAGCGUAUCCUCGGUGCCUCCCCCUUCGGAGAACGUGACCAUCACGGCAGGCCAGAGGAUCGACCUGGCCGUGUUGCUUGGGAAGAGCCCGACAUCUUUAGAGAAUGAGACGUCCGGCCUUGACUCCAAUCAGAACACGGCGAUGUCCCAGGCCGGACCUUUGGUAUUCAGCAACUCCAAACAGAACCCCAUCUCACAGGCCAGCCCCGGGAGCAGCUUCUCCCAUCACACCAUGGUCAGCAUUCUGGGUAAGGGCUUCAGUGAGGGCGAGCCUAAGGGUGGCACUACUACCGGCUCCCAGUUCCUAGAGCAGUUCAAAACCGCCCAGGCACUUGCCCAACUGGCAGCUCAGCAUUCACAGUCAGACGCCACCAGUAACACCUCCUGGGACCUUGGUGCCGCAUCACAGCCCCCAUCGCUUGGACAGUACGAUAUGAAGAGUCCAUCUGACCCGUUCAGCAAGCGUCAAAGCUUUCCCCAGGCCUCCACCAUGAUGGAAGUGUAUCUGCAGGAGAAGACGCCUGUGGUCAGCACUUCGUCUGCUGUGCCAGUGUGUCCAUCUUCCCCUCUCCAUGGCAAGAGCAACACUGCCCCCCAGAUGUCCCCGGUGUCCUCAGAGAACCAGUCUAGUAGCCCUCAGCCGGCUCAGCAGAAGAUGAAGCAGCAGAAAAAGAAAGCCUCUCUAACAUCCAAGAUACCUGCUCUGGCAGUGGAAAUGCCCGGCUCUUCUGACAUCUCUGGGCUAAACCUGCAAUUCGGGGCCUUGCUGUUUGGAUCUGAGCCUGUCCUCCCUGAGUACGAGUCUUCACCCACCACCAACGUGGCUGUGAGCCAGUCCCAAAACAGCCUCUAUACCAGCCCCGUAAGUGAAUCGCCCAACACCAUCGCAGCCAAUCAGAGCCCAGAGUCUGCCUAUCAGGGCAGCAGCAGCAUACAGUCAGCAACGUUUACACCUCAGAGCAGCACCCAAGGCCCAGUGUACGAACAGAGGGCCACACAGACCCGGCGGUACCCCAACCCCAUCUCCUCCUCUUCCUCAUCCUCCCCACAGAAAGACCUCAGCCAAUCCAAGAAUGGCUUCAGUUCAGUGCAGGCUCCGACGUUGCAAGCCCCGGUGUCAGUCGAGGUUCCCUCUGUGCCCAGUGUGAAGGCAGAUUCACCCUCUGCUCCCACCAUUGUUCCCCUCAGCGACCCGGUGUCUACAUCGUCCCUGCUCACCGGCGCCGGAGCCCAUUCCUCACAGCUCAGUAGCCUCGCUCACUCUGAGGAUCUGCAAAGUGCCCCCACGCCUCUCAGCACAUUAUCUUCCCAACAUCAAACACCCACCUCGUCUUCUGUAAGGACCUCAGUAUCAACGCCUUUGCAUACCAGUGUGGAUACGGAAACCAGCCUGCACUCGUCUGUCACCACCUUCUCCACUGCCUCCAGCAUAGUCCCCACUACUCCUUCUGUCCCUGCCUCCUCCAGUAUCAACGUGGGUAACCUUGUGCUUGGCCUGAGCAGCAGCUCCACCAUAGCCCCAUCCACACGCAGCUCCAUAGCAACCAGUUCAGGUAAAGCUCCCCCAAAUCUGCCUCCAGGUGUUCCUCCACUGCUCCCAAACCCAUACAUCAUGGCUCCCGGUCUGUUACACGCCUAUCCUCCGCAGGUAUAUGGUUACGAUGACCUUCAGAUGCUGCAGACGAGGUUCCCAUUGGAUUAUUAUAGCAUCCCGUUCCCCACGCCCAGCACUCCGCUUACCGGCAGAGAUGGGAGCCUGGCGAAUAACCCGUACUCAGGUGACCUUGCCAAGUUUGGCCGCGGAGACGCUUCGUCCCCAGCUCCCGCCACAACACUGGCCCAACCCCAGCAGAGCCAGGCGCAGGGACACCACACCACCCAACAAACAUUCCUUAACCCGGCUCUACCGCCAGGCUACAGCUACACCAGCUUGCCCUACUAUACCGGCGUACCGGGCCUUCCCAGCACUUUCCAGUACGGGCCGGCCGUGUUUCCAGUGGCUCCUACCUCUUCCAAACAGCACGGGGUGAAUGUCGGCGUAAACACGUCAGCCGCCGCUUUCCAGCAAGCGCCCAGCUAUGGCUCCCACGGAUACAGCACGGGCUUUGAUGACAUGGGCCAGGUUUCCGGCGUGGGGGAUUUCUGUAAGGGUGCAUUUAGUGGGGCUUCUGCUGCUGCUCAGAAUAAAGCUGCUGUCGCCACCAAUGGACCAGGCGCUGGUGUGUCGGUGACUUCUAGCAACACAGGAGUCCCGGACAUUUCCGGCUCAGUCUACUCCAAAACGCAGCAAUCCUUUGAGAAGCAGGGAUUCCACACGGGCACACCGGCUACAUCCUUCAACCUGCCCUCUGCCCUUGGGAGCGGGGGCCCCAUCAACCCUGCCACGGCGGCGGCCUACCAACCCGCCCCCUUUAUGCACAUCCUGGCUCCGCACCAGCAGCCUCACUCUCAGAUCCUGCACCACCACCUCCAGCAGGACGCUCAGCUGCCCUAUUUGCAGAUUUUGUGUUACCACCUGCUGCAGGAUGAUCAGAGCGGCGCCGGACAGCGGAACCAGGGUGCCUCCAUGACGCAGAAAUCCCAAGCCAGCAAAUCGGCCUACAGCAGCUACAGCUGGGGGAGCAACUAGCGGCCGGCCCUGCUCCCCAACACCGUUUGCUGGACAGAGGCAAGAGGAGCAGCACAGAGUCCGCCAUCUCCCCCCUCUCCCCCCCCCGUCCCAGCACCUCUCUCCAUCCCCCCCCUCUUAUAUGUAAUAUAGAAUUUGUAUUUUUUCUCCACAUUUUUCUGCAGUCUGAUAAUGAAAUGUUUGCAAUUUUAGGGGAGGGAUGGUCUUUAUUUUUUUUUUGUUUUUUUUUUUCAUUUAUAUAUUUUUUUUUCUCCUUUUUAUUACCUCUUUUUGCAGAGGUAAGAGAGGGGAAAGGACCUGCCCCUCUCCCGCGAGCGCUCUCUGUAUACUUAGAAUGGAUUGCUAUGAAACCUCCAUUGUAUGAUUAAUUAGUUGACGUGGUUUUUUUUGUACUGUGUUCUAAAUUUAAUGGAUAAAUGUCUUGUAUAUAUAAAAGGAAAAACACAGCUGCAUUUCUGUA